AUGUCGACCGAACAACCGGACCUGUUGUUCUUUGACACAUUUUCUCAUGAUACUAGCGAGGAGCUAAAUUUAGAUUUGGUUCAAUUUCCAAAAUCCGUAUUUGUGCGAGAAAUACGUAUCAUUCCUCUUGGUGCCCGAGUUGAAGGUGACUUUCCUGGAGGUGUAAGGCUCGGAGCCACAAAUCCUACAAAAUUUCAUAUAGAUUUCUUUGUGAAUGAUUUGAGCAAACCUGGUGCAUCUACAUUUGAGGCCCUUGGUAGUUUGGAUUACUGUCAGAAUGGGCAAAUUCAUAUGGAGUGUGGUGCCAAUGUGGAACAACCAAGAAUUCCUACAGAUGGACUUGUACUUAGAGGUUGGUACACCACAAUCACCUUGGCUGUCUAUGGCAACUUAACACAAGUGCUGCCAGAUGCACCUGCUGCCGUUAAUCCUCCGCCGAACAUUCAGAGACCAGUGUCCCGAGAAGUCAGUUCAUUGCCUCCAAAUGUGCCACAAUCAUCAGAUUGGAACCCAGAACCAUCAAAUCCCAUACCGGCAUAUACAACUAAUGUUGUGCCUUCAAAUCCUGAGACCUAUAGUUCAGGUAAUUACCCUGAAAACUAUGACAACCAAAUGUAUAGAGGUGAAUAUUAUGACAGUGAGGCUCCCAAAGAUCCUAGGGACCCAAGAACUUACCACCACAUGGAAGACAAUGAGUGGGAAAAAGAUAGACGAGACAUCAGCUGUGAGAGAGAAGGAGACAGAAUGCGGCACAGCCCAAGAUCAAUGGAGUUAGAAAGAGAUAGGGAGAGACGCGAUAACAGAAGCCGGAGGCAUUCAAUUGAUAGAGCGAGAAGCCGUGAGUCUUCCCGUCACCGCGAUCGGAGUCGAGAAAUUGAUCGACUGGAGCGUCUCCACUCGAGAUCGAGAAGUCGCGACCGUGAUUACGUUGUAAAAGGCGAAUAUCGAAUGAGUCGUUCGAGAUCUCGUAGUAUGGACCGAGAUAGGGAGUGGGAUCGUGGAUCGUACAAGAAGGACGAUUACCGUCGUCACCGUGAAACAUCAUACGAUAGAUCACGUGGUGGUUCCUACGAGCCUCGCUCUCCCUAUGAUAAAAGGGCGCCAUCAUAUGAACGCAAACUCCCAUACGAGAAGGGACCAUAUGAAAAGAGACUAUCUCCAUACGACAAAAGGAGUUCGUCUUACGAACGUCGAGCUCCUUCUUACGAUAAACAGAUACCCUAUGAUAGAAAGCGUCACUCUCCAUAUAGUCGAAUGCGAGGUUCUAGCUAUGGCAGUCGGUCACCUAGCCGGGAUGAUCCUAGAAAGCGACCUAGGACUCCCCCGAGUGAAACUAGACGACCCAUGUCUCCCAGAGAAGGCGAAACUAGCCCUAUUAAUUCUGUACGAUCUGAGGAGCCACCGGAAUAUGAUAGGAACAGCAAACAAAUACCACGAAUCGAUUUUUACCACCAAAGUUACAGACACAAAAGUUCGAUUCGAAGUCCUUCUCAAGAAGUCGAUAACACGUAUCCCGAAAAUCAACAUACCUCCCUAGUUACUGUCCCUAUAGUAGAUACUACACCUAAAGGCAUUGAUUCGCCCAAUCGUGUGUUAGAAGGAGAUCACUCUAUGGAUGCUGAGCCCUUCGAACCAAUCUUAUCAGAUGAAGACAUUUGCGAUGAUUUAGACGCGAAUUCUUACAUGGAAGUAGAAUAUGACGUAAAUGAAUAUUGUGGUGUAGAGGAUAUUAUUAAGUACUACAAUCCAUUCAAAGCAGAAUGGAGUAAAUAUAAACAUAUGAAUAAAAUAACUAAACUAGCUGAUGUUAAAAGUGAUGACACAAAAGACGUUACAAACACAACUUUUGAUGAAUUAUGUGACGCAAGUGUAGAUCUGUUCAAAAUGGCUGAAAUAACAACAAACGCUAAAAAGAGAGAGCAGAAGUUUUUCUCAAAUACGUUUUUGGAGAUCGAUAAUUCGUCUCGAGAGGACUGGGUGCAUCAAUGUGAGCAGCUAUUCGUGUCUUUGACAAAUCUAUGCAAAAGUACUGAUAUCGUACUUAGAAUAUUUAGGACGUACACACGAUCGGAACCGUCUGACGAAUUUACCGAUAUAUACAAUCUACUUGUGACAUUUUGUAGGAUUGGACUGAAUUUUGAGUUCGCAUUAGCUCAACAGCAACCUACAUAUAAAAUACGCCACAUGAAAUGCGGUAUUCGCCUCGCAGAAACUUUGAUGGCUCAUGAGCACAAUGGGCAAGUCAUGAAAAUUUUGCUAAGCAAUGGCAUAAAUAUACCGAUGCAGUUGAUUGAAAUGUAUUCUAAAGAAUAUAUGGCUCUGAGCAUCCGUUUGAUGAUCUUAAAGGCUCUUAACGCGUGUCUAUCCUCGAAGGAAUCAAUAGAUAAUUUCAUGCAGGAUACAAUGUACCCGAAAUUUGACAAAACUCAAAGUGACAGCGCAAGAAAGCCUAUGAACGGCUACCAAGCUUUGAUUUCCAUGAUGCAAGCAAAUCCAUUGGGCAGAAUAAAAUUUUCUCUAAGCGCAUUAAUAAAAAAACUAAACAUAUACGAAGUUUUGAACAAAUUGCAUGAUUUAGUGUUGAAGUUCAAUAAUUCAGCUGCAGAUAAGACUGAGGAUGCAGAACUUACGGAAACGCAAAUAAACUUUAUAGUCGAUUCCUUUGAAGAAAUACUCUACAUGUACCGCUCGCAGUGCUUCCAUCUAUCGCAACCGAAAAGAUUUUUACCAGUUUCAGCUCAAUUUGAAAUAAGUAAGGAGUGCUCGAAUGAAAUUUUGCUACAAUUUUUCGAUGUGCACAGAACUCUGGAAGUUUGCUUGUAUCUUUUAACGUGUCCGACGACGUGUAACAAUCUAGUAAUAACCAGUCCAAUACACGAUUUAAUUUUCGAGUUGGUGAACUCGCAUAAUGGCCUUAAAUUUUUAUACAAAAAUAUGGAGAUGAGUGAACUGCUGUUUAAAAUUUUGGAGCAGCCGUAUGGUCAACAGAACUCUGAAGAAACUCCAUAUCCUCACGACAGCACUUUGAGCAAUUACAGUGAUCUACAAAUUGUAGGUCUUGAACUUGCGUAUAGAUUGAAAGCCUUGUACUACUUGCAGUCAAUAAGUGAUCUACAAGUUGGGAAAAUGGAUGAGAACGAACUAAUAGAUAGAUUACAGUCUUUGUACUGCCUUAGUUUUGGCAGUAUCGGCAAAACGGCGGUACCUAACGUUAUAGUCAUGGGAGAGAACUCCGAAUGUCUUAUGACGGUUUUCGAAAACGAUUUGAAAGGGAAAAGUAAGAAUGAUUCACCAUCAAAACAAAAGUCGCCAGCAAAAGGAUAUGCCAUAGAGUUAAUUGUUUCAGCUGUUCGAUAUGCUGCAAAUGUGCCAUUUUUGAAGAAAUAUGGACAGAGAUUAAUCAAUGUUUCCAAAGAACAUGACAGAUUCGAACCGAGCGUGUCGAGCGUGUUACAAGAAGUGAUACCAUAUUUGAAACCUGUUGAAAAAGCAAAUGUACUUUCGGGAGAAGAUCUAGUCGAAUGCGUUGAAAUUUUAAAAGCUAGUUUGGAACAUUCGGCAGAUUUGCCAGGUGAAUUAAUGACGUGUUUGCGGAUCCUACGGCAUUUUUGCAUAUCCGAUUAUGAACAAAACGUGUCAAUAGUUUGUGAGUCUCCGAUUGAAGAAUACGUUGAAUUAAAAUAUAAAUAUAAUCUGCUGCAACUGUUUUCUCUCGACGGUGUUGCCCAUAUAUCGGGUAUAUUAGAUAGAUUAGCCAUACAUUUUGACCAACCAAGCAUGCAUACAUCUUUAUUUGCAUCUGUCAGAGGAUUGCAACUAGCUCAAAUGCUCUUACCUUGUUUGAGGCUAUUAGACGAAAUGUUAGCACGAGUGGUUCGCUGUCGAGGACCAAGGUUCCGAGAUUUAUCUGCUGCACCGAUUAUUUUGAAGACAUACGGUAUAGCAAAAGCCUUCCCAGUUGGAUGUAUCGGUUACAGAACUGCAGCGAAGGCAGCCGAAGCCGCGGUGAGAGCAUUGUUAGCUUAUGCUCAACCGAUCGCUGAUGAUGCAAACGACGGCGACUCUAUUCGUCGUGGUCCAUGGACUUCACUUUGCUCUGAAGUAAUUUCCUAUACAAUGACAGCUCCAUACACUUUUGUUCCGGGACUGUUAAUUUUCUCAGAAUUAUUACCCCUGCCUUUGCCUAUGCAGACUAAAACUGCGCCGUCUGAUAGAGAAUUAGCAGAUGCCUCGAAUGAAAGACGAAUGUGGUCAGCACAUUUACACGCUUUAUCUAACGACUUAACAGAUAUGAUACAAAUAAUCUGUAUGUCGACGUAUCGACCAGUAGUGCACAUGUUGCGUCGAGUUUGCGUCCAAAUAGCUGAUUUAGCUCCGAACACGGCAGCGACUGUAGCCAAGGCCGCGGUUGGGGCUGUGAUGAGAGAGAUGAGAGAUGGAGAACCAGCAAGUACAAGUGUAGCUAGAGUUCUAAGUUUUCUGGCGUGUUUAGUCUCUCACGCUCCAGUUAAAUGUGCAGUACUAUACACAAUGAGUGCUGGAGGUCCUAAAGCAAAUGAUAUACAAACAGCACUUUGUAAUAUAUUGAGUAUAUCGAGUUCGUCAAACGAUCAUUCUGCCGCUCAGGAAUACGCAGCGCAUGCGUUAGCCGCGUUUUGUGAUGCUGAAGUCACAUUGACACCUUUAAAUGGUGUCACAGACACGGUUAUGGCUAACUCUUUACCCAAUAAAGAAAUUUUAGCAUCCUUUCUAGAUGCAACUGCCAAUUGCUUAGAAUCGACGACGAAAACUUGCUCGGUCGCUUCAUCAGUGCUGCGAGCGUAUUUCGUUUUGACGGAACAUGAAUUUGGUUUCCUACAGUUCAGGAAAUUUGUAACAAGGCGAAGAGAUUCUUUGGGAAAAUACUUCAAAUGGGCUUUAGAGGGGUCGGGCGAAGACAAGGUUGAGUGUUUGAAUUUGUACAUCGAUUUGGUAAAGAUUUUGAGAAUGGAAGAUGGAGAGGGUCCAGUUGGGAGGAAAAGUAGUCUAACUUUAGGCGAAAUGGCGGAUAUGGUCGGAUACUCCCCUAAUGACGAAGAUCAUCCGGUUAUGAGCUUGGAAAAAGUUCUAAAGGAAAGAAACUCUGAUGAAGAUGCACUUUCACACGCAAACUUUUUAAUAACAAAUCUGCAAAAACUCAAAACUAUAGAGGAAUCAGAGAUAUUAGACCCCUUGCUACCUGCCCCUGAACCCCUCGUUGCGCAGUUUGCGGCUAGACAAAUAUACAUAAUAGGGGAUUCCAGUGAUGAGCGACUCACAACUGGGUAUUGGUUAAAUGUGCCGGCUGCUAGUGGGGAAGACGAUGUGAAUGACACGGAAUUGAUGUCGUGCGACAUAUCGGAGGUGGCCAACGCGCUGGUGGCGGGCGGCGGCGACGCGCUGGCGGCCGCCGUGCGCCGCCUCGCCGGCUGCCUCGACGCGCGCCCCGAGGCGCUGCCCGCCGACGACAAGCGGCCCGCCGUGGCGCUGAGCCGCGUGCGCGCGGAGGGCGGCGCCGACGCGUUCCGCUCGCGGCCGCCCAACACGUCGCGGCCGCCGAGCCUGCACGUCGACGACUUCACCGCGCUGCACAACCCCUACGCGCCGCAGCCGCGCAGCGCGCGGCGCGGCGCCGGCGCCGAGCGCGGCCGCUUCGGCGCACCGCACGCGCACUACCGCCAUCUCAGAGGGCGCGGCGCGUGGGAGAUGGGCGGGCAACACUUCGGACACUUCGCACCCACUUCCCAGUACUUGAUGGGCGGCAUGGGGUGGGGCGGCGCGCGGCUGCAGCGCGGCGCGCGGCACCGCGCCUUCAUGCGGCCUGAGGCCACAGUUUGUUCAUUGUAUAAAAUUAUCACUCGCGACAAUGGCACGUUUCGGGCAUGGCUGGCCGAGGCGAAGGGCUCGUCGUGGCUCACCGGGCCAGGCCUUGGCGUGGCGUGGCCCGUGGCCGACCGCGUGGCGCGUCAGGCCACGCGGCGACGCGUCCCUAGCUCC